UGCAAGAAACCUUAUGUUUAUUAUGUUUAUUGUAUGAUGUGUUGGUUAUUGAGUAUUUGACUCAUUUUUAUAUGUUUUCAAACCAUCCCAGGUGAUGCCAUCUAUGAGGAUAUGACUGUAGAACAAGACUUGGCUCAGGGAGGCGAGGUAGAGGCUUAGAUAGUUUAUGUCUUGCUCAGUUUUAUGAUUUAAAAUUUAAUAAGUUAUUUUGUCCGAGACAAACUCUUCAUUCUCCUCCUUGCACCGUGGCAGUGUAAAUCUUGCCAUAGUACAAAACAACAAUUUCUAGGAUCUCAAUUCGUGAAAUGUGUGAAAUGAGUCAUACUUAUCCUCUGCCUUGCUGUCAGCUGCACAUGAAAGCUUGAUCCUUAUCGAGAAGGACAAAAAAUAGAGUCGAAAGAUCAAUGAUCGAGAAGGAAGCACUAUCUUCGUCGGCUAUAAAAUCCACUUCCGGAGUAGGUGCUGCGAAAAACAAAAAUGCCAUUACUCUAGUGCUGUAUCCACCAUCUUUUGUGGGUUUUACGUGUAAACACUUCUUAAGCUGCCUGUUACACUAUAAAAGCCCGCAGAGUUGGUGUGGGCAGUGCAUCAGAGAAAUACAAGUUCCAAUGAAGUCCAUUUGGUUUCUAGUUCUUCUUCUUGUUGUUGUAGGUAUUGCUGCCAUUGAUGAGGUUUAUGGGGCUCGUGAAUGUGGGAAAUCUUCUCCUGACAAGGAAGCAUUUAAACUAGGUCCAUGUGCAUCAGCCGCACAAGAUGCGAGUGCUCUUGUUUCUGAUAGAUGCUGCAGUCAGGUGAAAAAGAUUGGCCAGAACUCAAAAUGCCUUUGUGCUGCUAUGCUUUCUAACACAGCUAUAAGUUCCGGGGUUAAACCAGAGGUUGCAGUGACCAUCCCCAAACGCUGCAAUAUAGCUGAUCGUCCAGUGGGAUACAAGUGUGGAGCCUAUACAUUGCCUUGAAGACUGAAGCUCCCAUGUCAUGGCGUCUGUGUUUGUGAAGUAGUUGCUCUUAGUACUAGCGUGCUGAGAUUGUGUCUUUGUAGCUGCAGCAUCUAGCUUAGCAGAUUACUGUGAUAUCUAGGCACACGAAUAACAAAAGAAAUAAAUGAAUGGUGUUUGAUCCGGGGUUCUGUCCACCUUAAGUGUGCAAAGCAAACUGCAAAGCAUGAAUCAGAAUACUAUUUCUCUC